AUGCCGACGGCGUGUCGCGGCUGCGUCGCGGCCAGCGCGGCGCCUGCGCGCGCCUCCGUUCCGUCCCGUCGCACGAAGAGAACUAGCGCGCUGCUCCGGGGGAGUUUCGCGGGGGAUGGCGGGCGCACGGCGCCGCGCUGCGGGCGACGGUGUAGCUUGCGUCUACUCGCUCGCGGGGGGGACGUGAGGGCGGCAGCGGGCAGGGGAGGCGCGAAGGCGGGCCUGGAGGACGACGAGGACGACGAAGACACGCUCGACGAGGAGUUCGAGGGCGAGAUCCAGAUCGACGACAUCGUGGAGGACGACAGCGCCGGCGACGACCCCGAGGCGACCGGCGCGGGGCCCGACGUCACCGCUGAGGACGACGCAGGGCUCGACGAGGAGGAGGACGACGACGAGGACGACGAGGACGACGAAGACCUCGAAGGCGAAGUCGCGGACUUCGACGAGGCCGUCGCGCUGUUCGGGGAGGACGAGGCCGUGGACUGGGGCGCGUUUUACGAGUCCGACUUGGUCGAGUACGUCCGCGCGGCCGGCCAGGACGCGUCCCCGGGCGUGCGGCGCGUCAUGUACAAGCAAAUCACGAACGCAGACGGCGAGACCGUCGAGCUGCGGCGGUCCCCCGACGAGGAGGCCAAGCUGCUCGGCCGCGCUUUUGAGGAGAUGCAGUCGCGCGACGACUUCACGAAGCUCCUCCCGGACGACUGGGAGGCGCGGCUGAACGACGUCCAGGACAACCUCGACGCGGCGAUCGGCGGGCCGGACCUCGACCGGCGCCCCGAGGGCCCGCUCUCGCCGUGGCAGCUCCGCGCGCGCGCCGAGAAGCGUCGCAUGUACGCCAAGUACCAAGCCGCCUUCGACCGGCGCCGCGACGAGGUCGGGACGUACAUUCCCACGGUCGACCUGUACGCCAAGGACGUGCGCCUGGAGGGGUACCGCGAGGAGUACCCGAAGCAGGACUGGACGGAGGAUGAGAUGUGGGAUCUGAUCACGCUGUCGGGGCGCGCGGUGGACCCGCGGACGAUCGAGGGGUUGGCGCUCAAGGUGCAGGACGAGCACACGCCGACGGACGGCGCGAAGCAGCUGCCGGCGAGCGGCGUCGCGCUCGAGACGGAGGACUUUGCGCGGGCGCUUGGGCGGAUGGUGGAGUCGGUGGGGGAGCUGGAGGGGAUCACGGAGGGGGGGGGCGUCGCGCCGACGCUGGCGGAGGAGUUCGAGGACGUCGAGGAGGGCGGGGACGCGGAGGCGGCGGGGGGCGCGAGGCGGGCGCGAAGCAGCUAG